UAUUAGUUUAAAAAUCAUGGCCGCGUGUGGAUGUAGAUGUGAGAGAAAAAAUGAGUGCAGUGAUAGAUCCUGGUGGCCUUUUAGUUCUUGUACAACUGCCAUUUUAGCUGGACUUUUGUUCUUAUUCGCGUUGUUGUAUUAUUUUUUCGCGCAUUCAAAAUUACCCAGAGGAGCUGUGGUAGCGAAUGGAUAUGAAUGUGCAGAAAUUGGAGGAAAAAUUAUACAGAAAGGUGGUUCUGCUGUAGAUGGCGCUAUAGCCACGGCUUUUUGCGAAAGUGUAGCCAUGCCGUCAACCACUGGACUUGGUGGUGGAUUUUUUAUGACAGUGCACACCCACAGACAAGGAAAUGCUGAAUGUUUAGACGCCAGAGAGGAAGCGCCAAAAAAAGCGACGAAAAGGAUGUUCCCCAAUCAGAUUUUAUCCAGAUUUGGUCCUUUGGCUGUUGCCGUGCCAGGACAGUUACGAGGUCUUGAAGCAGCGCACAAAAAAUACGGGAAGUUGUCUUGGUCGGAAUUGAUUGAACCCACGAUCAAACUGUGUGAAGAAGGGGUGUAUGUAACUAAAUUUUUUGAAAUUGAUUUGAGGGAAAAUGAGAUAACUAUCAAGAAAAAUGAGGCGCUGAGGAACAUUUUUAUAAGUCCCAAACACGGCGAACCCUAUAAGGAGGGCGAAAAAAUUAAGUAUCCAACAUAUGCAAAAACUUUAAGGGUCAUAGCUGAUGAAGGAGCUGAUGCUCUUUACACUGGCAGUCUUGUGAAGGACUUUGUCAAGGAUAUAAACGGGAUUAUAGAUGAAGAAGACAUGGCUCACUACGCGUAGUCCCAGAUGGACAGAUCCUGUCACUUCAACUCUUCUCAAGGGGGAAACGAUGUACACAUCCUCUGAACCUGGUAGCGGAUUAUUACUAACGUUUAUUUUUAACGUUUUGAACGGAUUCAUAGACGAAAACGUGAACUCUUACAAGAACUGGCAGAGAAUAAUCGAAGCUUUUAAACAUGCGUACGGCCUUAAGACUUGGCUAGGGGACGAUCCUUAUUUAAUCAGAGAGGCGAAAGAAAAUCUGACAUCCGAAGAAUUCGCCAAGGCCACUCAAAAGAAGAUUUUCGACGAUCGUACCUGCAAAAAACCGACUUACUACGGAGCUGGUAACUUUCCACCACCAGAUACUGGAAGUGUUAAUAUUUGCGUGUUGGAUAUUUACGGGGACUCCGUAGUCCUAACGUCGAGCUUGAGUCGAAAUUUUGGAGCUGGUAUAGCCUCCCAGAGCACUGGGAUCAUUCUAAACAGCCAAAUGGGUGAAUUUUCAUCUCCCUGUGGGCAUGGAGAAGGAUGUUUGCCUCCAAAUAAAGCGAAUUUUAUUGAGCAUGGAAAGAGACCGUUGACCUCCAUGAGCCCAACAGUCAUCGUGGAUAUUGACAAUCAAAUGAAAUUUCUUGUCGGGGCUACCGGUGGUCCGAGAAUGAUAACACAAAUUGCUUUGACCGUUCUUAAGAAACUUUGGUUUAAUAUGACUUUGGAAGAAGCAGUUCAACAUCCCCGAUUUCACCAUCAACUAUUUCCCAUGGUUUUGUAUUUGGAAAAAGAAUUUGAUGUGAAAGAACAAGCUCUGGUGACGGCUUUCAGACAAAUUGGACACGAAAUAGAAAUUGAAGAAUGUCCAACUUAUGCGGGGGUAACUGCGAUUUACAAAGAUCACAAUAACCUAUAUGCAGUUACUGAUCCAAGAAGGCCUGGUAGCUCCUAUUACAUCUACACCUAAAAUAUUGUUUGUAUAUAUUUUUUUAUUGAAGUACAUAUUAUGUAGUUUGAAUGUUGAUAUUUGGAUAUGAUGAUAAAAGAUGUG